UUACCCACGGCAUAAAGAAAGGGGCCCUGUUAGUCAACAAUAGGGGGAAAGACAGAGACAAUGGGAAAUUGUGCUUCCGAUGGGUGGGAACAGAGAAGGAAAGGACAGACAGACGGACAGAUGGGGAGGGCAGAGCUGGAUAGAAGGGGUCAGCUUCCUUGAAGCAGCCCACCUUAAGAGCCUCUUCCUAAAGGGCCAUGCACACCCAGCCGCCGGUGGGCAGAGGUGCUGGGAAGGGAGGUAGAGGAGCUGCCUAAAUGAGACCCACAUGGAAGUGCAGAGGAACCGAGGUUGACUGCUAUGGAUCUGUGAGCCACAUUCAGGCUUCAUUCCCAUCCCACCGGUCCUACACCUUCACGCCCACUGGUCAGUCCACCCCCUUCUGGUUCAAGAGCGUUUAGAAGAAACAAGGCACCUGCUUUCUGCACUCUUCCAGCACCGGGAUGCAGCCUUUCUCACAGGACCCACUUGACUGCCUUGAGCAGGACAGAAAGCGGCUGAGCACUGCUCCCUUCGUCUCUGGAAGAGACCAGCUUCUCACAGACCGUGCAUUCCGACCACGGCCCAUCAUGCCAGGUGGCCUCACCCUUCCUGCACUGUGCCAACUCCUUCUCCUUUGGGCCUUUGCCAUCUUCCACAAAGCCCUGGGGGAUUCAGCAUUCCACCCGGGCCCCCACUACCUCCUGCCCCCCAUCCACGAGGUCAUUCACUCUCGUCGUGGGGCCACGGCCACGCUACCCUGCGUCCUGGGCGCCUCGCCUCCCAGUUACAAGGUACGCUGGAGCAAAGUGGAGCCCGGGGAGCUCCGGGAGACACUGAUCCUCAUCACCAACGGACUGCACGCCCGGGGCUAUGGGCCUCUGGGAGGGCGCGCCAGGAUGCGUAGGGGCCACCGCCUGGACGCCUCCCUGGUCAUCGAGGGCGUGCGCCUGGAGGACGAGGGCCGGUACCGCUGCGAGCUGGUCAACGGCAUCGAGGACGAGAGCGUGGCGCUGACCUUGCGCCUGGAAGGUGAGGCCCUUCCGCGGCCUUCUGCUCCUCCCUGGACAGGCUGGGCCAGCGCCGAGCCGCGCAUCCCAUGUCCCCAGGCCUGGACCCAGGUGUCCGCGACGGGCAAGACCUCAGAGGAACUCAGCUGCCUGGCUCCCACCCCCUGGUGUGGGAGCGCGUAG